GGAAAUAGCAGACGCGAACUGGGAUAGGGAUAGCGGGGUAGCUAGCAAAACACCUGCAGCCCCUCCUGUUGAACCAAGGAAAAGGAGCGCGACAGCCUGCUAGUUAAAACAUGUCGUCAGAAAAUCAGGAGACAGAGGCCCAGUUGGAGUCUGGCGAGGAAAAACAGCAGGACUCCCAGGAGAAGAACUCAAAUCCAGUAAAAGAAGAGGAGGCCAAGCUGAAAGCCAAGUACCCCAACCUGGGGCAGAAACCAGGGGGCUCAGACUUUUUGAUGAAAAGGCUACAAAAAGGGCAAAAGUAUUUUGACUCAGGUGACUACAACAUGGCCAAGGCCAAAAUGAAGAACAAGCAACUCCCCACAGCCGGGCCAGACAAAAACCUGGUGACAGGAGACCACAUUCCCACGCCGCAAGACCUGCCCCAGAGAAAGUCGUCCCUGGUGACCAGCAAGCUGGCGGGCUAAGCACCUUGACUGCACCUCUGAUUCCCCCAUCCCGACCUAACCCAUGCUCCUCUGCUAGGCUCCUCAUGGUGAUACAGUCUGCAAGAGCCCCGGAGUCAGCUCUGCCUCUAACAUUCUGUUAUGCAACUUCUCUUCCAUCUCAGAUUGGCAAAUUUUGAAAGAUCUAAAGAUAUAUGUCGGCAAAGAAUAACAGCGCAUUUUCUCUGUGUGUGCAUUUGUAUCACUUGUAAGCUGAAUUGCUAAACAUCCUGUACAAGGCUGUCACAGGAAUCAUGCUUAUGAUGCAUUUUCUGCAAGUGUAAUCUUGGAAGAGCUUUGUAGUCAUGGAGAAAAAUUUGGAAUGAUCACAAAAGAAAUUGGUGACAAUGAAGGCAGUUAGUGAAUAAUGUUGUGAGGAAGGUCUUGAAAGUCUUGAGACAAGUUUGAUUGCAGGCUUUGAUAGCAGGAUAAUGAAAUUUACAAUCACUAACAAGCUUUCUUUUUAAAAUAGAUGCAUUGAUGCAAUUUAUCUGUUCUUACCAAAUAAGAGAGGAAGUAAGAAGUAGCAGGCAGCCACAUGGAGCCCAGGUAUUCCCUAAAUCCCUUUACUCUCUACCCUCUCUACCUCCACAACAUACCACAUCUGCUACCCCUGCCCCACCUCCUGUAUAACUGCACAGACAAAAAUCAAUGACUGUACCACACUGCAGCAGGGACAGGCGGCAUCUUUUCAUUUUCUGCUGCACUCUGACCUAUGUGACUUCUGGUACCGGGACUAGUCUGUGGGGCCUCUCGAUGUUUCGUUCAUUCUCUUUGGAAAUCAGUCAAGACGACAACCAUCAAACAGUGCAUGUGUCAUGCCUGUGGAAGUUCAAAACUGCAACAAAGGCAAAGGAACAAGAUUCGUGUUCGAAAUCAGUUACUUAGUCUUUUAGCUCUGUCUUCUCUCUUUUUGUGUAUUUGAAUGGCUUGCCACCUCGCGUGGUUUUGGUGUUGGUUUUGUUUGAAAACCCUCCUAAAUUACAAUGUCUAAAGAUCACUGCUGGUUUGGCUCAGGUAAUGGCCAUUCUCCUAGAUGGGGAGAGGGUGUCCGAAAGUUUGUUUGAGUUUAAAAUUAAAGACAGCCAGGUCAAUGUGUGAACUGAAUCCAUUUCCUUUGCUUUGGGAAAUGAUUUCCAGUGAAAUCUGUGAAAAGGUGUCCCUCUCCUGGGUAUUAAAUGCUUUACUUUCUUAAAUCAGCAGUAAUUAAUUUGUGUCCCCACAACAAGCCUUAAUGAUUAGUAUGAAAUUGCCAGACAUAGAAACACACUGUGUUUUGAAUUAUAUUUUUGUACAGUGUUUAGAAAUGGGACAUUUACUUGUUUCACAAAACACUUCAUGUCUUUCUCUUAUAUGGGAAUAUAUUUCAUUAUCAAUAUAUCCACGAUGAUAUACUGGGCACAGUGAAACUUUAAUCCACAUCUGUUGCACAUUUAUUCAAGCAUUUUCCACAAAAAAAAGAAAUUAAGACUAGAUUGUGGUGUCAAGUGUCACGUUUAAAUAGGGACUCCUGAUUUUGUCAUUGUUUUUAAAAUCCAGUAGCUUGCAUAAUGUAUACAAAUAAGAACAGCCCAGCAAUCUUCGCCAUGAUUAAUUGUAUCAGUAAAUAUAAUAUUGAUUGUUCUAUUUAAAGGUCAUAACUGACUCCAGGUAUAGAUUGUAAAGGGAGGCUGUCUCUCCACAAGCAAGAAGUGGGUUAAUGCAUGCCCACAUCUGCUGGCCGCAAGCAUUAGCAAGAUAAAACUCACCUAUUUCUGCUUCCCAGUUGUGCUGUAAUUAACCAGUUCAUUUUUGACUGAGGGAGAGGGUAAGGAAAAAAAAAUCAGACAGGGAUUGAAUGAAAGGUUCUUGCCAUGUUGCUAAUAACCAGGGAUAUGGGGUGAUGGGAGCAAUGAAAGGGAACUGUUUUGUAUGUUCAGGAGCCAGAAAAUGUCUGAUAUAAGCACUCCAAAGCUGUAUGUGAUUUCACUUAUUAUAAUUGAGUUCAUGUGGGAAGGUAUUUGUGAGUGUAGGCAUGUCAAACUGGAAUGGAAAUGGAAAUGUAAUGAUGGGGAGUGGAAGAGGAUGUGAGGUGCUUAAAACUGAUAGAGUCUAGAAAGCAUGGCUAAACUACUGUACGAGCUUUAAGCACAAAACUUUGGAUUGUGUGAUUAAAUUUCAGCGUAUUUAGGUAGCAGUGCUGUGUAACCUAACUGACCGUUUUAGCCUGAAUCACAGAAAACUUUAAGGCUCAGCAGUCAGCUGAGACUUACGGCCAUAAUAUAAGAGACACAUGGUGAAUCCCUGGCUUGUGUUCAGAGUGACAAACUACACUGGUCGCUUCUGGAACACACUGUACUUUUUAAGGUGUGUCAGUUUGAUUCAAAACAAUGUAGGGUUUCGUAAUUCCCUGAGAAGGCUAAAUGUAUGCCUGAUCUUAGCUGAUGAGACACCAGUUUGGCUGUGGGUAUCGGGUGGAUCAUGGCACAUAUUGAAUCAAAAUGACAGAGAAUGCAAUUAGGUAAAAUAUAAAGCUUUAUAAGAUGUAUUAACUAAACAAGGUAUUCAUGGGCUAUAUGAGGAAAUUAUUGGAGAGGCUUGACUCGAUAAACUAUCCAUUUUUCAUAUUUGUCAGGCCAGUUAUGUUGACAGUGGAAUACCAGUGAGGGAUUAAGAUGAUGGAGACUGUAGUCACCUUGAAAGCCUGGGGUAAAUAAAGAGGAUAGACACUAAGUGUGCAUGUGUGCCUGUGUUUAAGCAUGAGUGCUUGUUUUCCUUUCUCUGACUGUUUUUAUUUCAUGAAUUGCCAUGGGGGAAUCUGCUUAUGUCAUAGUCACGUUGUAAAUAGACAUACACUUCUUUCAUUUUGAUUGUUUUUGUAAGUAUUCUAUCUCAGUCAACUGUCUUGUCUGUACUUUUCUUCUCAGAAAGAGUUCUGGAUUUUAUUCUCAU